CACACAACCAACAUUAAUUUAUCCCAGAAUCGAAAUGGCGACCUCAAAUACCAAUUCCAAAUCUCCGUGUGACAUCCUAACUAUCGACCCGAGUGCAUCCCAGCCACCCACCAGGAACCACCACCACCCCAUUCCGACCAAUCUUCCAAAAGCGAAAGUCACCAAAACCCAUCCCAGCACUCUCGCUGAAGAAAAUGCCUCAGUGUAUUUCAUCGGAAAUGCAACGACGAUUAUACAAUGGCACGGUAUCCGUAUCAUGACGGAUCCCAACUUCCUCCACGCAGGAGACCACGUCCACCUGGGUCCUGGGGUGACCUCGAUGCGGAGAAAGAAUCCCGCUGUGGACUUGGAGAAUUUGCCACCGGUGGAUCUGGUCUUGUUGUCGCAUUAUCAUGAAGACCACUUCGAUCGCCAUGUGGAAGCUUCCCUGCGUCGGGACCUUCCUAUUGUUACUACUCCCCACGCGAAGUUGAAUCUGACCGCGAAGGGCGAGGACUCAUUUACAAAGGUUACAGCAGUAGAUGUGUAUAACCACGCAAUAGUCGACAUUAAAUCCGACGAGACGAGUCGACAGCCCCGGCUACGUGUAACCGGUAUGCCAGGGAAGCAUAUUCCCAUGGGGAAGCCUCUCGAGAAAUUGAACGAUAUAGUGGGCGCGAUCCCCCCAACCAACGGCUGGAUGCUCGAGCUCGGCUACAGUGACCAGUCCACCGAGUUCCAAUCCGGAUACCGAAUCUACAUCUCCGGAGACACGUUGGUGUUCGACGAAUUGAAGGAGAUCCCUCGACGGUACGGAGACCAGGCUAUUAAUCUCAUGUUGAUUCAUUUAGGUGGCACUACGGUACCUUCUCCGGCUAUGUUGCCUCUGGCGAUGAUGGUGACGAUGGAUGCGAAGCAGGGGGUGGAAUUGAUGCGGUUGAUAAGACCGCAAGUGACGAUCCCUGUGCAUUUUGAUGAUUAUGAUGUAAUGGCUAGCUCGUUGGAGGAUUUUCAGGCCCAGGUGAAAGAGGCGGGGUUGGAUGAGGAGGUGGUUUAUUUGGAGAGGGGAGAUGAGUUUAGGUUUUGUGUGGGGGGUGAGAGGGUGUAGACAGAGUGUGAUCGGAGUGGUCUGUCUUUUUGCUUAUUGGAGCUUUCGUUGCAGUAGUAGCUGACAGGAUGAGAAAGAAGACGAUGGUAUGAUGUUAG